AUGUCGACUUCGGCCACAACCGCAAAGUCUAAAAAGACUAGACCCGUGAGGGAGUUGGAGGCAGAGAAUAAAGCCACAACCUCAAUUACUCCAGCUCACUUGGCGAAGAAACGCGCCGUGUCAUCUGCCAAACCGGUCAAAACUGGGUUCGCGUCGAAGACGCGUGGAGUGAAUACGCCUCGUCGAGGUGAUACUUUUACUGAUAGUGGCGUUAUCUUUCGUUACGUUGCUGAAUCCGCGGCAGCUCUUCCAAAGGAGCGCAUGCUGGAUGACCUCCAGUGGUUCAAGCUCUGCGUGAACAAGGUGUUUCCAUCUGGUUUCUCCGGUUUCACUAUCAGGAAACUAACCAGAUUGUGGAACAUCUCUGUAGACAUGCCAAAUCCGCAACUCCGACUGCUUCGUGUAGUCCUCUCAAACCCGGAGGAACCCAAAGCGUUAAUGCGCUUUGCUUUCAAACUCAGGGGUAGUAAUGUCAGCGUUCAGCCGGACCUCCCACUGGCAGAUCGACUGAAGUUAAAGGAAGCCAGCAAAAGCCUCAAAUGCAGGCGGGCGGCUGGGAAGCAAGGCCUUCGUCUUGUGGGUUUUCAGGUGGUCAGCCGGAAGUCAAAUUCUGCCCUACCAGAACCUCUCCUGCUAGCGUACGACUCAGGGCUGGUCGUGCCGAGUUCAUUCGGCUAG